AAAAACCUGCUCCAAGUAGAAAAAUAAACCAUAACUUUCAAAUAAAAGCAACGAAAUUAAAAUUUCGGGACUUUCGUCAAAAAUAGUUUCUUAGAACUUCUUCGAACGGAAUAAAAACCUUUUUUUUGAGAAAAUCGUAAGAAAAAAGUAUAUAUCCUUAUAGAAAAGAUUAAUAAAAGAAAAUCGACUUUAAAAUAAAAGGCUUGACCAAUCCUGCUAUAGAGUUAAAAAUAAAAUUUCAGCAAAUUAACAACUACAGCUCCUCAAUUAAAAAAAAAAAAAAAAAAUACUGAAUUUAUCAGUGAUAUUGCCAGAGCUAAUACACAUAAAAAAUUAUGUUUCGGCGAAAUCUUAAUGGAAUGUUUCAAAAAUUUAAUAUUAGGGUUACCCAUAACUAAUCAAUUAUUUUCGCAAGAUACCAUUUCUCAUUAGUCCUGCGACAACCAGACAAGUGUAAGCAUACUUUUUUUGUGUUAUUCUUCAACCAGUUUGUUAGUAAUUUAUUCCCAGCAAAAUAAAUUUUUUUUUGUAGCCCUGUAGUAAAAUGGCGGAUUUUGUACCUUCUGAGAGCCACGUUCGCAAUUGUGUACAUUUCCAUUUUAACGCCGAUGUAAGUGCCACGGAAACAACAAGCAAAAUUUGCGACAUAUAUGGAGAUGUGUUGAAGUUUAGCAAGUGUCAACGUUGGUUCAGAAGAUUUGCUGUAAGUGAUUAUGACCUGUCAUAUAAGCAUCGCACUGGACGCCCCGGUCAAUUCGAUAACGACGCCUUAAAAUCUCUAGUGGAGUCCGAUCCAAGAUUAACUAUACAGGAACUAGCAAGAAGCCUUGGGUCUACCUGGUCCACCGUACAAAGGCAUUUAAAAGAAAUUGGCAAGGUACAUAGACAAGGUAAAUGGCUUCAAAACCUGUUGUCUGAGGCCAAUAAAGAUCUUCGGCGAACAAUUUGUAAUUCCAUGCUCACCAGACUAAGCAGAGAUCCAUUUUUGCUUAGGAUCGUAACUGGAGAUGAAAAAUGGAUCCUUUAUGAUAACAUAAAGCGACUGAAACAAUGGUUGUCUGCAAACGAAAGACCUCUUCCAACACAUAAACAAUCCCUAUCCCUGAGGAAGGUGUUAUUGUGUAUUUGGUGGGAUUAUUCCGGGAUAGUGCAUUACGAAUUAUUAAAACCUGGGGAGACAGUUACUGUUGACAACGGUUACAAUCCGCACUCGUAGAAAAAAAAAGAUCAGCUUUAGUAAACAGAAAAGGUGUGAUACUCCAACAAGAUAAUGCUCGUCCUCAUACAGCGAAGAUUACUCCAGAGAAAAUUAAGCAGUUAGGCUGGGAACUUCUUACGCACUCUCCAUACUCUCCAGGCCUACCACCGUCGGACUACCAUCUGUUCAGGUCACUGGAGCAUUCGUUACGAAAUAAAAAUUUUUACUUCUUAUCCGAUGUCCAAAUGCACCUUGAGAUAUAUUUUGAGUAACGUCCACUCCACUUUUUCAAGAGGGGGGUUGAACUUUUGCAGGAACGAUGACAACAAGUUAUCGCAAACGACAGUGAUUACCUAAACGCUUUCAAAUAAAAAGAUCAUUUCAAAAAAAACAUUUUGUCUAUGAAUGCAAAAUAAUUGAUUACUUAUGGGUCCCACUAAUAUAUGCUCCUGCCCGUAAGGUUAAUCUUUUCGAAAAACUCGUGCUUUUCAGAUUCAAAACAUGUCCGUCUCAAUUAAACGAGUUUUGUGUGGUUGUGGAUAAGUUAAAAUGCAUUGACAUUGAAAUUCCGGAAAAUCUGCUAUGAAUAUUUUUAUUGUGUAUUAAUCGGUAUGAAAGUCGUGAAGACAAAGUUCACCAAUUGAACAUGAACGCCUGUGUAUCCGAAUUACAUUCCAAUUUUAUGUAAAUCAAUAGGGCGAUGCAAACAAAUUUUACUGUAGUUUUUCAAAAUAGUAAGGCAAUGAAGAUGGAUGACGAAAAUAAUAAAAUUUUCGUAGCAUAUUUAAAAGAAGGUGUUUUUAUCAUUAAUAUACAAAUUAAAAAUCAUAAUUUGAAUAGACGUUGCAAUGAAAAAGUAAAUAGUGUAGCUCAUGAGAAUUUUCUGUAUUAAUUAAAGGAGUUAUCGCUUUUCCAUGAACACUUAAAUCGAACCUCUACUGUGAAUAAUGCUAUAUACAAACAAUAUCUUUAAUCGAAAUAAUUUAAUGUAAUAUACAAUAAAAGCAACAAAAGUGCCGUUAUGGUGUAGACUGUUUUGUAUGAGCAUCAGUCACCUAUACAAUAACUGUUUUCGACCAUCAUCUAAGCAGCAGCAGCAGCACACAUCGAGCGUUCCGGUACCAUCCUCACAACAGAUAUUUUCUUGAAUCUUUGACGGAGUGCAUAAUCCCCGGAGAACGAACUACGCUCGGAUCCUACGCUCACUGUAUAAAUUCCCUAACGAUAAAUAAAAGGCCAUCGGGUCCUUAAAGGACAAAAUUAAGGAGACGCUUAGACGAUAGCCCCGUCAAGUCGAAUGAAUCUUCUUCCACAGCGACGAGUGUUAUCGGUUAAUACUAAAUAAGUAGCGAACAUGAUAUCAUUAACAGAUAAUUCCGACCGACCAACUCAACUAGUCCUUUUUGAUUUUGCAAUAUUGAAUUAAAUCAUUGCAAGUUUUUGAUAAAAUUGAUUAAUAACCAUUGUUACUUUUGAACAUUUUGGUUUCGAAAUAUUGAACUAAAUG